AUGGCGUCACACGAACCCACGCCCAGUGGCUACGGCAGCGGGCUGCUCAACGAUGACAUCGGCAUCGACUACCGCGCCCCCGACAAGACGAAGCACGCCGACGCAUAUGGUGGAAAUGGCAGCCCCCAGGACAAGACGUCCGCCGACGAAGGCUCCGUGGGCGACUUCCAGGCCAUCGACCCGCACUCGGGUGUCAAGCGCGGCCUCAAGACGCGCCACCUGAGCAUGAUGGCCCUCGCCGGCAUCAUCGGCCCCGGCCUGCUCGUUGGCUCCGGCGGAGCCCUGUCCUCGGGCGGCCCGGCUGCCCUGAUUAUCGGUUUCGGCGUGAUUGGCAUCAUCGCAUUCAGCAUCAUGCAGAGCCUGGGCGAGCUGACGACGCUGUACCCCUCGGGCGGUGCCUUUGUCACGCUGGCCGACCGCUUUGUCGACAAGGCCUUUGGCGUCGCCGUGGGCUGGAACUACUUUAUCAUCUGGUUUGCGGUGCUGUCCAACGAGUACAACACCAUCACGAGCAUCUUUUCCCUGUGGAGCGACAAGGUGCCCAUCUGGGGGUAUUUCCUGCUGUUCUGGUCCGCCUUCAUGGCCUUCCAGCUGCUCGGCGUCGAGGCCUUUGGCGAGGCCGAGUUCUGGCUGGCGCUGAUCAAGCUCGGCGGCCUGGUCGCCUACUUUUUGUUCUCCAUCGUCUACGUCAGCGGCGGCAUCAAGGGCACGCCCGCCAUUGGCGGCGCGUACUGGCACGACCCCGGCGCGUUCCCGCACGGCUUCCGUGGCGUGGCCACCGUCUUUGUGUUCUGCUCGACCUUUUACGCCGGCGUCGAGUCCAUCGCCGUCGCCGCCACCGAGACCAAGAACCCGGGCGUCGCCGUGCCGCGGGCCAUCCGCCAGGUGUUUUGGCGCAUCAUCUUCAUCUACAUGGGCUCCGCCAUCUUCUUCGGCCUGACCUGCCCCGCCAACGCCGACGGCCUCGUCAACGGCGCCACCAAGGCCCUCAAGUCGCCCAUGACCAUUGCCAUCCAGAACGCCGGCUGGCAGUCGGGCGUCAACCUCAUCAACGCCUUCAUCUUCGUGACCUGCCUGAGCGCCGUCAACUCGAGCAUCUAUAUUGGCAGCCGCACGCUGCUCUUCAUGGCCCAGGACCGCAAGGCGCCCAAGUUUUUGGGCUGGACCAGCAAGCGCGGCGUGCCCAUCCCGGCCAUUGUGCUGACCAAUGCCUGCGGCGCGCUGAGCAUGAUGAACGUCUCGACCGGCGCCAGUAAGGCCUACGGCUACAUUGUCAACCUGUCGGGCGUCUCGACGUUCCUGGUCUGGGGCGGCAUUUCGUUUACGCACAUCCGCUUCCGCUCCGCCUGGAAGGCCCAGGGCCACACCCCCGACGAGCUGCCUUUCCGGUCGCUGGGGUACCCGUACAACGCCUACUUUGGCCUAUUUGCCAACGUCUUCUUGGCCCUGGUCCAGGGCUGGUCGUACCUGUCGCCCUUUGACGCCGGCAACUUUGUCGACGCCUACAUCCUGCUGCCGCUUUUUGCCAUCAUCUACUUUGGCUACAAGUUCGUCUUCAAGACCCGCUUCUGGCGCGCCCACGAGAUGGACCUGGUUACGGGCCGCCGUCGCGAUCUCGAGGAGGACAAGGAGGUGGUCCGCGGCGACCUGGGUCCCGCGCCCUGGUACAAGCGGCUGUGGAACAACUUCUGA